CAACCUUAUCCUCCAAAUGUUCCAAAUUGCCAUGUCUUCUAAAUUUUCAUGCGCCAAAAAAUAAACAAAACAAAAAAGAGAGGAAAAAAAAAACAUGGCAACAAAUUUUCUCUCAACUGCAAACCCUUUUCAUCUAGCAUCUUCAUCACAAUCCUCAAUAUCCUCUACAUCAUCACAUGUUUACACCAAUCCAAUCAAAUGCAAUGUGAAAAGACAAUUAACUCUUUGUAAAGUAGUUAAUCCAAGUGUGACAAAAAGAGGCAUAUCUAUAAGUUUUGUUACUAGUUUGGUUCUUUCAUUGACUGGUAAAGGUUUGUUUGAUGCUAAUGCAGCAAUACUUGAAGCUGAUGAUGAUGUUGAACUUUUGGAAAAAGUAAAGAAAGAUAGAAAAAAGAGACUUGAGAAACAAGGUGUCAUCAGUUCUUCUACCAAAGAAACAGGGUAUCUUCAGGACUUGGUGUACAAAUUGAGUGAAGUUGGUCAAGCAAUUGAGAAAAAUGAUCUAACUUCAGCUGGUUCUGUCUUAGGAAAAGGCAAGGAUACUGAUUGGGUCCAAAAAGCAAAUAUAGCUUUGAAUAAGCUGAGUUCCAGUCCUGAAGAGCAAUCUGAGGUGGACGCUUUCAAUUCUUCACUUGCUUCAUUGGUUUCAUCAGUUGCUCAGAAUGAUGCGGAGUCCUCCAAAAUUGCCUUUGUGUCUUCAGCUGCUGCAUUUGAGAAGUGGACCUCUUUGACAGGGCUUGUUGGUAAACUUAAAGGACUUUGAACAUUGAGUGAAGCUACACAAAUUUUAUUUCAUCUUAUAUAUAGAGAAUUCCAUUAAUUUUCCCUUCCGGGUCACCAAAUUGUGGUGUCUUGGAGCAGUUCCAUCACAGCUUUAUCUAGGAAAGACCAACAACCUCAUCUUUCACAGCUCAUGAAGUUUGAGUUCAGGUGUAAAUUGUCUCGCGCAAAAUUGUAAUUGUAAUGUAUUGAGAAUUUGACUACAUGUCUUAUUGUUGUUCACAGAACAGUGCAGAUGGAAAGAUUUUCAUCCAAACUUUGGUCAUUAAUGAUUAAAACUAUUGUUAUCGUUGUUAUGAAUUGAAAUAAACAGCCAUAAUUCCAAAAACACAGAAA